AAUACCUUUCCCUCACUAUGUCCGUUUCUCGGCUUGUCCAAAGAUUUUUCCGAGAAAAUCACCAGUGAGAUAGAAAGAGAGGCGGAGAGAGCAAUACAUUUAUAGGAAUCUUCAUAAAGAGUAUUGUCUCGCCGCCAUGGCUCUUGAUCGUCAUCGAUUAUCCUUUCAACGCGUAUAAGCGAUUGCGUUUUGCGAUAUACCGUAGGGAGCUGUGUUGUGUUGUGUAGUUGGGUCAACUAUUAGGACGAGCAAGGUUUGAAUAGAGAGAGAGAGAGAGGUAUGGGUUCGUCCUUGUCGAAUCUCAACGACGGGACGAAUGGUUUGGCUAUGGGACCUAGCCUCGGCGAUAUACCGGAGAGCUGCGUCGCCUCCGUCUUUAUGUACCUGACGCCGCCGGAGAUUUGCAAUCUGGCUGGCCUGAAUCGUUCAUUUCGCGGCGCGGCUUCGUCGGAUUCUGUGUGGGAGAAGAAGCUCCCGCCGAAUUACCAGGAUCUGCUUGAUUUAUUGCCGCCGGAGAGGUAUCAUGGUCUCUCGAAGAAAGAUAUUUUCGCUCUGCUCUCUCGUCCAAUCCCUUUUGACGAUGAUAACAAGGAACUAUGGAUUGAGAAAGUUACAGGACGGGUUUGUAUGGCAAUUUCGGCCAGAAGAAUGGUUAUAACUGGGAUUGAAGACCGUAGAUAUUGGAACUGGAUGCCAACGGAAGAAUCUAGAUUCCAUGUUGUAGCCUACCUGCAGCAGAUUUGGUGGUUCGAAGUUGAUGGAACAGUAAGAUUCCAUCUCCCACCUGGUAUAUACUCUCUAUCCUUCAGAAUCCAUCUAGGGAGAUUCACGAAAAGGCUGGGGAGACGCGUGUGCCACUUCGAUCACACUCACGGUUGGGAUGUAAAGCCUGUAACAUUUUCGCUCUCGACUUCUGAUGGUCAAGCAGCAUCAUGUGAAUAUUACUUGGAGGAUGUUGAGAGAGAAGAAGCACUCGGGCAACACAAGCGCGGUUGCUGGAUCGAGUAUAGGGUCGGAGAAUUCAUAGUGACUGGUUCAGAACCAACGACUGAGAUCCAAUGGUCCAUGAAACAGAUUGACUGCACGCACUCGAAAGGCGGGCUAUGUGUUGAUUCGGUCUUCAUAAACCCUAUUGGUGAUUUGAAAGAUUACAGAAAGAAGGCUUUUGUGAAACAAGCUUGAAGAACAAAGGUCACACCAACAACCUUUUGAUUGUUUGAAGGUAAUGAUGACUGAUGUUAAUUUUCUUAGUACUUUUGUCGUCGUUUUUUUUGAUAUUUCCCGAAAUUAGGGUACAUCGUGUCGACGACACGGUAAAUUUCAUUUUAUUGUUGUGCAUUUCAUCGAGUUUUUCUUUUGUUUUAUUUUUACUUCAUACUCAUUUUGUUACAUAUUUUAGGUGAGAGAACCCUUUUUGUAUUCCCAUGUUUAUAGGUUGGAUGACCAAGAUUAUCUGUAUGACUCUAUCCAACCAAGAUUAUAUUGAAAUUACAAGUAUUCUGUGUA